AUGCAGAAACCACUGAGAGAGUUGGGCCGGCUAUGCCUGAGUGCCAGCGAGCAGGGCGUCGGGACGGACGUCUGUUCCGAGGGUCGCGGUGCUCUGCCACUUCUUCAGGUGUGGCCCAGUGACUCGCCGAGAGGCGAGGCCGAUGGCCAGGCGCAGGCUUUCCUGUUCCCGGACAACCAGGAAAACGUCAAUGACAGUGGCAUCGAGUCGAUCCAGGCGUCGCCGUCUCCCUGCGGGGCAGCCUGCAGCAGCCCCGUCGCGACGCCGCAGCAGUCGCGAAGGCCUAGCCUACUGCACCCUGACCACGCGAGGCUGCACCUCCACCACCUGUAUCAUCAUCACAAUGGCCUGCCGAAAAGUCCACCCUCUCCCGAUAAAGGAUCCAUCGACGAGGAAUUGCCUCCUGCGCCGCCCAGUCCCUCCAGCUCGACCACCAGCAGUCUGCGAUCCAUGCCCAGCUCGGCGAUGGCCUCGCUGCACUCCCAGGACCGUCGACAGAGCAGCAGGUACAGUGUCUUCGAUGCCCUGGAUCUGGAGUACGCUCUGCUGCGAGCCGCUGCCAGGGGCUCGGUUGGUCCUUACUCUCUGUCGGAGUCCUUGCACAAGCUGACGUUCACGCAGAGUCUGGCUUUUCCUGCCCUGGCUAGGGGUCUGGCUGCCAAGCAGGGCGUGCCCACCAGGAGGCCCGAGCAACACGCCGAGAGCGGCCUCAACGCCUUCGCCAAAGUCGUCACGGCCCUCGUCCUCAUGCUCGUCAGCGUCCUCGUGUUCGGUGUCGUGUAUAAAUUCGUCAGGACGUGAGGAUGGCUGCUGGUGCCCGAGCAGCAGGGUCCUGGACAGGACCUGCAUCGCGACCAAGCUCAGGG